CCCAACCUGCCCGCCCGACCUGGCGGCGCAGUCUCGCGGGAUCGCCCAGCUCUCGCUCCCCGCGCGGCCCCGGAGGCGGUCGAGGCCCGGACGCUGCCCCCCACCCACCGCACGCACGCCCCGGCUGGCUGUCUGGGGUGGCGGGGCCGCGCGACGCCGAGGGACAGCCGUCUUCCCCUGCCGCCCGAGGUGAGGCGUCCCCGGCUCGACGGGGCGGGCGGACAGCGGGCCGGGAGCAGAGCCGCAGCAGUUGCCUCAGAACUCGUUUUCAGGAAACAGCUUCUUUCAAAAUGGUAAAAAGAAUGAAAUGAGGAAUUUUUACAUUUUAUCUCUGAUUUGAGAAUCUUUGGUGCGGAAAAGAGCAUCGGAGCCAUGUGGUGAAAUCGGGGUCUGGAGAAGAUGGAAAUGGCCCCAUUGCUCUUGGCGUGCGUCCUUCUGCCCCUCGUAAGAGGGCACAGCCUCUUCACCUGUGAGCCCAUCACUGUUCCCAGAUGUAUGAAAAUGGACUACAACAUGACGUUUUUCCCCAACCUGAUGGGUCAUUAUGACCAGGGGAUUGCUGCUGUCGAAAUGGAGCACUUUCUGCCUCUUGCAAAUCUAGAAUGUUCACCAAGCAUUGAAAUGUUCCUUUGUCAAGCUUUUGUACCAGCUUGCACAGAACAAGUUCAUGUAGCUCCACCUUGUCGGAAAUUGUGUGAGAAAAUAGUUUCUGAUUGCAAAAAACUGAUGGACACGUUUGGCAUCCGAUGGCCUGAAGAACUUGAAUGUAACAGAUUGCCAUACUGUGAUGACACUGUUCCUGUAACUUCUGAUCCACACACAGAACCUUUUGGCCCACAGAAGAAAUCAGAUCAAGUCCCAAGAGACAUUGGAUUUUGGUGUCCAAAGCACCUUAGGACUUCCGGGGACCAAGGCUAUAGGUUUCUGGGAAUUGACCAGUGUGCCCCUCCGUGCCCCAAUAUGUAUUUUAAAAGUGAUGAACUAGACUUUGCCAAAAGUUUCAUAGGAAUAGUUUCAAUAUUUUGUCUUUGUGCAACUCUAUUCACGUUCCUUACGUUUUUAAUUGACGUUAGAAGAUUCCGAUACCCAGAGAGACCGAUUAUCUAUUACUCUGUCUGCUACAGCAUUGUCUCUCUCAUGUACUUCAUUGGGUUUUUGCUGGGCAACAGCACGGCUUGUAGUAAGGCAGACGAGAAGCUGGAGCUCGGGGACACAGUCGUUCUAGGGUCAAAGAAUAAGGCUUGCAGCGUGGUGUUUAUGUUUCUGUAUUUCUUCACAAUGGCUGGCACGGUGUGGUGGGUGAUUCUCACCAUCACAUGGUUCCUGGCUGCUGGGAGGAAAUGGAGUUGCGAAGCUAUUGAACAGAAAGCUGUGUGGUUCCACGCCGUUGCCUGGGGAAUGCCCGGGCUCCUGACCGUCUUGCUGCUGGCGAUGAACAAGGUGGAGGGAGACAACAUUAGCGGUGUCUGCUUCGUCGGCCUCUAUGACCUGGACGCCUCUCGCUACUUCGUCCUUCUGCCUCUGUGCCUCUGCGUAUUUGUUGGGCUGUCUCUCCUCCUAGCUGGCAUCAUCUCCUUAAAUCAUGUUCGUCAAGUUAUACAGCAUGAUGGCCGGAACCAAGAGAAGCUAAAGAAAUUCAUGAUUCGAAUUGGAGUCUUCAGUGGCCUGUAUCUUGUGCCCUUAGUGACACUUCUUGGUUGCUAUGUCUAUGAGCUAGUGAACAGGAUCACCUGGGAGAUGACGUGGUUCUCUGAUCAUUGUCACCAGUACCGCAUCCCGUGUCCUUAUCAGGCAAACCCAAAAGCUCGACCAGAAUUGGCUUUAUUUAUGAUAAAAUAUCUGAUGACAUUAAUUGUUGGUAUCUCUGCGGUCUUCUGGGUUGGAAGCAGAAAGACGUGCACAGAGUGGGCCGGGUUCUUUAAGCGGAGCCGCAAGCGAGACCCCAUCAGCGAAAGCAGAAGAGUGCUGCAGGAGUCCUGUGAGUUCUUCCUGAAGCACAACUCCAGGGUGAAGCACAAGAAGAAGCACUGCACGCCUGCCUCGCACAAGCUGAAGGUCAUUUCCAAGUCCAUGGGAACCAGCACAGGAGCCACCACAAGCCAUGGCACCUCUGCCGUAGCAAUCGCCGACCAUGAUUACCUAGGGCAAGAAACUUCAACGGAAGUCCAGACCUCCCCGGAAGCAUCUGUGAAAGAGGGAAGAGCAGACCAAGCGAACAUGCCCAGAGCCAAAGACCGGGACUGUGGGGAACCUGCUUCCGCAGCAGGGUCGGACUCCAAGUUCUCUGGGGAACAGAGCGACAGGAAAAGUCGAGCAGGCAGCGGCAGCAGCGUGAAGGCAAAGAGCAGUGUGUCGGAAGGGGCCGCAGGGGAAGGCAGGGUCAGUCCAAAGAGCGGCGUUCCGGAGACUGGUCUGAUGGACUGCAGCAGUGCACAGGUCCCCAGGUCUCCAGAAGCAAACAGCCUCAAAGGUUCCACACCUCUGCUCAUGCUCUCGGCUUCAGGGGCCAGGGAAGAGCCGGGUGCUGGUGGCCAUUCGGACGCUUGAAAACUGUCGCAUCACCCUGCAAGCAAGUGUAUACUACACUGGAGAUGACCAAUGCACCCGUCUUAUAGAAGACCACUGUCGAGCUAGGAAAGCGGCCCGGUGGUAGAGCGCUCGCCUGGAAUACUUGAGGACCUGGGUUCAUCUCCCAGCACUGCAAAAAGAAGUCACUGUUACAGUCUUCCUUGCACUUAAACCAGCUUUGUCUACUGAUUUUUUGGUUUGGCUUGUAUUUUUGUUGCUGUCAUUUUUGUUGUUGUUUGUUUGUUUGUUUGAGACAAGGUUUCUUUGCCUUGGCUGUCCUGAAAUUCCCUCUGUAGACCAGGCUGGCCUCAAACUCACAGAGAUCCGCCUGCUUCUGCCUCCCAAGUGCUGGGAAUAAUAAUGUGGCCAUCACUGCCCAGCCUGUUGUCUAUUGUUAAACUGGAAAGAAACAAUAGCCCAGAUUUCAAAAAUAAUAUAAUGCAUUUAUGCCUAAAAAACAGGAAUGUCCAGGUUAAUAAUAUUUUUUAAAUGUGGGGGUGAGAAGGGCAUUAGAGGAAUCCUCCUUCUAUUUAUGAAGGUCCUUUCAUUAAAGUAUUUUAAGAUAUGCUCUUUCACUCUUUUGAUAUAAAUCCAAGAUUUUUCUUUGCUGAAGUAUUUAAAACUUAUCAUUGUACCUUUAUAUAUAGAUAUAUUUGAAAAUAUGCUUAUAUAUAGUUGAACUUUUUGAAUAUCCUAGAAAAUUGAAUUAAAUUUUUUAUGAUGUUUUUCUAAUAUUUUAGCUACUUUGCAACUGUGAUAGUGUUACACUGGAUUUUUAUGAAACUUGUACAGCAGCCUCUUUACAGUAAAAAGAGUAGGUGUCACACUGAAAGGUUUGUAAGGAGCGUCCACAGCCUCUCCUACCUUCCCUGAAAAGAGGAACUUGCUGACAGUCUCCCUCCCUGAUCAGACUUUCCCUUUCCUUUGGCACAUUUAUAAAUCAGCAGGUGAGAUGGUGACUCUUUACAAGUUAGGCCAAGCUAUCGAUUCCUUCUUAUGUGUUUCAGCCCGUUUGCGAUGGAAUCGUGGCCAUUUGUAAUUGCUCAUGCCUGUCUUUAUUUCAUUAUUUUAUUUUCUGAGACAGGGUCUCACUGUGUAAGCCUCCCCAGCCGUCUGGUGCUCAGUGUGUGCCAGGCAGGGCACAGAGACCCUCCCCUCUGCAGUGUGUGCCAGGCAGGGCACAGAGACCCUCCCCUCUGCAGUGUGUGUCAGGCAGGGCACAGAGACCCUCCCCUCUGCAGUGUGUGUCAGGCAGGGCACAGAGACCCUCCCCUCUGCAGUGUGUGCCAGGCAGGGCACAGAGAUCCUCCCCUCUGCAGUGUGUGUCAGGCAGGGCACAGAGACCCUCCCCUCUGCAGUGUGUGCCAGGCAGGGCACAGAGACCCUCCCCUCUGCAGUGUGUGCCAGGCAGGGCGCAGAGACCCUCCCCUCUGCAGUGUGUGCCAGGCAGGGCGCAGAGACCCUCCCCUCUGCAGUGUGUGCCAGGCAGGGCGCAGAGACCCUCCCCUCUGCAGUGUGUGCCAGGCAGGGCGCAGAGAUCCUCCCCUCUGCAGUGUGUGCCAGGCAGGGCACAGAGAUCCUCCCCUCUGCAGUGUGUGCCAGGCAGGGCACAGAGACCCUCCCCUCUGCAGUGUGUGCCAGGCAGGGCACAGAGACCCUCCCCUCUGCAGUGUGUGCCAGGCAGGGCACAGAGAC